AUGGCGUGCGGCUCAUGGCGGCCCGAGCCCCUGGCCAUGGCGCCGCUCGCGGCGGCCUUGCUUCUUGCUGCGCUCCUGGCCAUGGCGCGCGGCUCGCGACGGCCUGAGCCCCUGGCCAUGGCGCGGCUCAUGCUCCUGCGCUGCGGCUGCUCCUCCUCGCGGCGUUCAUUCCCGCCGUCGUGCUUGUCUUGGCGCGUGACGGAUGGUGGAGGUGGCCGUCGGUGGGUGUCCCUCCUUCGCCCGCCGCCUCCCUUCGUCCCUUCACCGCCGCCGCCCUUCGUCCCUUCGCCGCCCCCGCUCCAUCCAUUCACCGUCGCCCUGGCACUGAUCCGGCGCGUAAAUCGCACAUCACAAGCGCCGGCCUCCACUGAUCCGGCGCUGGUCCAGGAUCCGGCGUCGAUCCUGGUCAAGACCCGUCGCCAGAGACGUCCAGGAUCCGGCUACACCUUUCACCAGCCGCCGCCGAGGAGCCCUACGCCGCAGCCAAGAUCCGAGAGGAGCAGCCGCCGCCGAGAUCCGAGAGGAGCAGCCGCCGCCGAGGUUCGAGAGGAGCUGGCCACCACGACCUCCCUCCCCAGCCGGCCGCCACCACCUCCUCCCCCACCCCUCCCCCACGUGCCUGGCAUAGGUGGGUCUCAGCCUCCCUCCUACCUCCGUCCAAGGUUAGGAACUCCCCUCCCCUCCCGAUCUCCUCCCUUCGUCCAAGGCCACGAGCUCCCCCCCCUACCCGAUCUGACGAAGAGAGGGCCAGACCUUCCACUCCGGUGUUCGAUGUGGCCAGAUCCAGCCGGGGGACUCACCGCAGAGCCUCCAUGUCGGCGGAGCAGCAGCAGCCCAACAGAAGGAUUUAGAAUUAUGACAAGGAGUCAGGGACACAAUCAGAUUUAUACCAUCCGUUGUGAUGAUACAAGGAAAGUAAACAUAUACGCAUAUUGUGUUCAACGUGAUGAUACAAGCGAAAGCUGGCCUACGCCGCCAACUAAUCUGCGGCAGCGUGGAAGGAGUGUUCAAAAGCAGCAGGAACAGUUGUUCCACUGCUGGUCGGAGGGAGAGCUUGGCAAGGGAGAUAGAGGGAGCUCUACAACCACGAUCUUGGCAUACAACCCGAUGGCAUCAUGCCCACUUAAGCUUCUUCCAUGUUUCAAUUCUUGUAUUUGUUGGUCUUUUACUGUCAGAGCUUACGAAAUCCAUUACAAAUGGAGGUGAGGCCAAGUCGUGAACUUGCUGAGACGUCUUUGCCUUGAAUUCUAAGGCUUGAAUCUAAAUGGAGGUGAGGCCAAGUCUUGAACGAAUACUAAGGUUUGCAUCUUUUAUAAAGCUUGACAGUUACUGUGUAGUUUCAGUUAACAUGAUAGUCACGCGUGGUGAAUCUCUUUUCUUGUCCAAAGAUUUCACGAAUCCAUUAUUGCCUACAGAACAACAUCCUAGGGCCCUCCCAGUUUGAUUCUCUUUAUUUUGCUAUAUCUCAACUAUUACAUACAUCAUUUAUGCUCUGAAGCUAACCAUUGUAUGCUUUGAUUGGUUGGAGCGGCAAGGUUUUCCAGAUCCUGGGAGUCUAUCCCUUCCAACAAUCUGGAGGUAGCAUAGUACAUCCGUACUCACAGCUGGAAGAAUUCCAAGAUAGACCAUUGCUUCAAGGUUGGGAGCGGCCACAACAUAAUUGACAUCAAAACCAGAUCUGGGUCCUACAUAUCCGGUCUUGCUCGUAUCCUACAAUGGUUUACAGAUGGUGUGGCUCCUUGCACUAAGAUGAUCGAUCAGAGAUCUAGAGUCCUCAAUACAAAUCGAUGACGCCUCCUCAAGAUUCACUUCUUCGUAGCCCCCAACCUUGGUAUAGUAUAAAAACCUACAAAUAAAUCAGAAGAAUAGGCAAUUAUCGGAUGCUUAUGUUUGUUGGUGUAGUAGCCCUCUUAAGUCCAGUCCUAGAGAAGUGUGUCGUAGAAGCAUAUCAGGAAGACAUGGACGUGGAUAUGCAUUAUGGUUGUAUUAUGGAUGUGGAAAUGGUCGCUAUAUUAGCUAUAUCUUUUACAUAUUUUUCUGA